UUCAUCACCUUCUCAUUUUUAUAUUUAUAUUUUUAUAUAUUUCAACUCACAUUUUCUUCAGGAAAGAUGAGCAGGCCCGGCGAUUGGAAUUGUAGGUCAUGCCAACACCUCAACUUCCAGAGGCGUGAUUCGUGCCAACGUUGCGGGGAUCCUAAGUCGGGUGACUUUGGAGGCUUUGGUGGGAGAGGCGGAUCGUCAGCCUUUGGAUUCACCGGGUCGGAUGUCCGGCCGGGUGACUGGUACUGCACUGCCGGAAACUGUGGGGCGCACAACUUCGCUAGCCGUUCUAGCUGCUUCAAGUGCGGCACGUUUAAGGAUGACUCCGCUGGAGGCUACGAUAGUGACAUUUCACGCUCAAGAGGUUUCGGUGUUGGUGGCGGUGGAGGUGGUGGCGGUGGCGGCGGCGGAGGAGGACGACCUGGAUGGAAGUCUGGUGAUUGGAUUUGCACCAGGUCGGGAUGCAAUGAACACAACUUCGCCAGCAGAAUGGAGUGUUUCAGAUGCAAUGCCCCAAGGGACUCCUACUAAAUUUCAAGUCUUUAUCCAAUUUUGGGCAAGCAAGAGAGAGCAUAUCAUAGACGACUAUCACUAGUACUUUUCCUUCAUUAUUAUUUCUUUGGAUUGCAAGGGGGUGAUCUUAUGCUUCACAAGCAGCUGGAGAGAGCAUAUAUACCUCAGCAUUUUGCUAAGCUUCUUCCUAUAGAAACUAUAUAACAAUCUAGUUGGAGUGUUUUGAACUAUCUACCAUAUCUUUUGUGUUCUUUUGAGUUUCUUUAUUAAUGCAUGUAUGGCCCACGUUUUAUUUUAUUUUCUUUUAUAAUGGAAAU